CUUUAAACGGGGCGUUUCUAUGGCUCGUGCAAUGAGUUCGGGGUUACAGAAGAACUGAGGGAAAGAUCUCCAGCAGGAUUUAUCGGUCAUUCUCUACCAGAUCUCUGGUGGUCAUUGUACUUCGCCAUCCCCGCCCCCCACACAAACACACCGCCUCUUGUGUUUUUGUUUUCAGUGUAAAGAUUUUGACAUGAAGAAGGACAUAGACUUAUUGAUAGCAGAGGAACGCGUUGAAAUCAUCGCCAAAUAUGACAAGGGCAGACAGGAGGGUGCCGACAUUGACCCAUGGGAGGAUGCGAACUACAGCAUCUAUAAGGUCACCGACCGCUUCGGCUUUCUGCAUGAGAAAGAGCUGCCAACACCCAGUCCGCUGGAAGAGAAGCAUAAGCAGCAGGAGAUUGAGCGGGUGGAGAAAUGGCUAAAGAUGGUGAAGAAUUGGGACAAGUACAGGAACACUGAAAAGUUGGUGAAGCGAGUAUAUAAAGGAAUCCCUCUGCAGCUGAGAGGCCAGGCCUGGGCCUUGCUUUUGGACAUAGACAAAGUCAAACAAGAAAACGUUGGCAAAUACGAGAGAAUGAAGCUGCAGGCUCGUAACUUCUCCGCUGACAUCAAGCAGAUAGACCUGGACGUCAACAGGACCUUCAGGAACCACAUCAUGUUUAUGGACCGCUUUGGAGUCACGCAGCAGGCCCUGUUUCACGUACUAGCAGCUUACUCCGUCUACAACACGGAGGUGAGCUACUGCCAGGGGAUGAGUCAGAUUGCUGCCAUUCUGCUCAUGUACCUGAAUGAGGAAGAUGCCUUCUGGGCUUUGUCCCAGCUCCUCACCAACGGAAAGCACGCCAUGCACGGCUUCUUCAUCCCAGGAUUCCCCAAGCUGCAUCGUUACCAAGCCCACCAUGAGCUGAUCCUCUCUAAAAUGCUGCCAAAGCUGAAGAAACACAUGGACAAGGAGCAGAUGACAACAGGGAUUUAUACCACCAAAUGGUUUUUGCAGUGCUUCAUUGACAGAACCCCGAUCACCCUUACCCUGCGUUUAUGGGACAUCUACAUCCUGGAGGGGGAGAAGAUCCUAACUGCCAUGGCUUAUACGACGCUCAAGCUACACAAGAAGCGGCUGCAGAAGAUGCCGUUGGAGGAUCUGAGGGAGUUUCUUCAGGAGCAGGUCGCGGUGUCUUUCUUCCUGCCCGACGAUGUGGUGGUUGAGCAGUUACAGGCAGCUAUGUCUGAACUUCGCAGUAAAAAGCUCAGCAAUCCUCCUCCAGCCAAGCCAGAAGAGCAGCCAAAGGCACCUCUGGGUCAAGAAAGACCAAUUCUCCUUGUGCCUCCGCAGCCUGACUCCCCUCUGGAGGUCAAUGCAAAUCCGCAGCCUGCGGGUCAACGGGACGCUGAGGCCCAGCAGGCGGACGGCAUCGCUUCACAGCAGACACAGGACCCCAGAACUCCGUCUCUGCCGUCACCUGACACGCUCGUAGUCCACACACAGAGGACGCCUUCUCCCUUGAGGCAUUGCAGAGCCCCCCCGUUACCUCCGAAAGAACACAAACCCCGUGCCGAGGCAGGACUGGACGGAGGCGCGAAGGAGGCGCUUCCGGGUGUCGGCCCGGCCAAAAUUGUCGCAAGUCAGGCCGCUGACCCCGAGGAGGAUCCGAUGGAUUGGCCCCCACCUUACGAGCCCCCUGCUUUGGAAGCUCUGCCGCAGGAGAUCAUGGACCUGCCAGAUCUGCCCCCUCCACCUUUCUCCUACACUGAGCAGAACGACCAAAGCCACGGGGACGGCGGACCCCCCGGUCCGGAGACCCGGCGGCGCUCUCCCUCUCCUCGCUCGGCCCCCUCAGCAGUCACUCAGAUGAAGCUGCCGCCAAAGCCGUGCUUAAAACCCCCCACGUCGCUUCAGCUCGCCCAGAAAGGAGCUCCUCCCGCUCACCCUGCCUUCGCCACCUCCUCCCCUCCCAGACUUCCUCCCCCUAAGCCAACCAAGUUCCCAGUCUCUCUGUACGUCCCGAUGCCCACCGGAGACCGACGGCCCUCCAACACCUCCCAGUAUGACAACCUUUCCGAGGCCGAUGAGGACGACACCCUCCUGGAGAGGCUGCUGGGUUCCACUCCUGAGGAAAUCCCCAGCAUGCACCGCGGUGCCCCGCCCGCCGCUGGCCGAGAUUGUGACGCUGCCCUCUACCCUGUGCCUCCACCUCCCCUGUUCGCCCCCCCUUCGCCCUCUCCCAUUCGCCCCUCGCUGUGCGGCCUCCCCAGUCUGCCUCAGGAGCCGGAAUACGAAGGGGAGGACAGCUGGGUGGACGACUCCAUCAUCCCUCCUCCUCCGGCUAAUUUUGCCGACAGACUCAGUCCCUUUCAGUGUGGUGCUGCCGGCUGUUCAGACACACAGCAAACCACCUCGCCGCCCGGAUACUCCAAGCCUUUCUCCAGGGCCCCACGGGACCGCUCGGCUUUCCCAGCACCCCUGCUGUACACCAGGUCUCCCCCGGGCCACUCGGCGGUAGGAGUGUACACGGUCCGAUCCAGCCCGGACUUUUGCAGGAUGCCGCCGGGUGGUCAGCCGCUGCCCAAAUCAGUGACCUAAGUGUUUGUUUUUUUGUAUCCCUCAUUAUACCAAUAGUCACGUCUGGUAGUUCUUCUUCAUUUUAAUACCAUGAAGUGAAAAGCCAGUAGAGAACAAGAGAAAGCGAGAGUGUGUCUGUCAGUCAGAGAAAGAGAGAAAGGACUCAUCAAUCGAUAUGUACAAAUUACAUACUUGCACUUUUUUUUUUUUGGAAAGUGUCAAACUUAAUGUAUUUAAAACUGCUGUCGGUUACCCAUUACCGUUCGCCUCACAACAAGAAGCGAGGGUGUUUUCUUAUCUGCUCUCGUUCCACCGUUGCUUUGUUUCGUUCCAACUGAAGUGUCUUAAACUGAUCGCAGUACACUGAGGCUGCAUCUCCAGCACGAGGGCUUUUGAGGCUGCAGAGUACGGUCAUCUUUGCUGGAGCACCCAAAGCCUGUUUAUAUAUUUAUACUGCUUUUUAUGGUAAACUGUGAGCAGGGCGUGAACAUCUGUAAGUACACCAAACUGUAAUAGGUAAUAGAGAAAAGGUUGUGUCACGGUUUACCGUAUCUCUUAAGGUCAAUAGUUGAUGAAACAGUUUGUACAAAUGCAGUUUGCAUGCAGGCCUCUGAAGAACUUUGAGGUUGUGACAACCAGUCACAGGAAAGAUGUGGUGCAAUGUGUCACUGGGGUAAAUACAGAAAAGUUAUUCACAUGAAGCCUAGUCUUUUUUUUUUUAUUUCAGGCAUGUAGUAUUUGGUAUUUUACUGAUUAUUCAUCUUGUAAAUUGUCUAGUUCGGGUAAAAGAUUUCAACGUAUUGUUUGUCUGCCACUUCAUGUACUGUUAUAUGUAUAUAGAUACAUUAAUAUGGUGUUACCCUGGUCCCGAUGUUUAUAGAGAGCAGCUCCACCUGGUGGUCAGAAGUGUUACAGGUCAGCAGUAACUGACUUGCGUUCUUAAGAGGUUCUAGUAUUUAAGCAUGCAGACUUUUAGGAAAACUAGUCCUGACCUCGACAUCAAAGCUUCCCGUGAUGCCUGUUUGGGAUUACGUACAUAGUAAGAUAGAUUUAAAAAGACAUGGACGGGCCCUGUUUUAUAGUGCAAAAAUAAUCCAUAUGUGCCUGUAUAUCUGAACCAUGCAAAGAAUGUGGUGUCAGUUUAUUUAAAUACUUCGAUCUGAAGAAAUGGAAGUUGAGCCAUACGAUACUGAACAAGGACCUAAUAGUCACGUGUUUAUAUUGUUACGUUUUAAAGUAAAGUGACCUUUGUCUUUACCAAGAGGUUUUGUAAUUAUCUAAGUAUUCACUUGAUUUUUAAUGGAUUUCCAGCUUAUUCCUAAAAAUAUUUUCAUCUUUACAAAGUGACGUUCUACGGUUUGUUGUGAACUUCGGUCUUACUGAAACUCUUCCGAUGACUUGAAGUAUGUUUGGUUUGCUGUAGUCAUGUGACCUGUACAUCACUGCUCGUUGUGGUGAUGCUGGCGCUCGGACCAAAGCGUAUGUUCACUUAUGCAACUACUUAUGAGUUUUUAUAAAGAGAUAAACCUUAAAA